ACCAUAGUUAAUACAGGACAUCUCUACAUUAUGAAUCCAAAGGACCCGCUGUACACAGGCUUUUCUGAGUUUGGAUCGAGACCUCCACCCAGACCUACACUUAACAGGUAAUCAUUAGAUUCAUAUUCGGAAUAAAGCGCCACAACUGUUCAACAGGCUAAAUGGCGCAGCUAUGGGAAGAGUUCCCUCAUUCAAACAGCAAAAAUGAGUUCUAUUGCGAUACCUCUGAGAUCACUCUUGCAAAACCCAUCCACCAUUAAAUCAAAACACCACGCUAAGCAACUCCAUGCCCAGGUCCUGAAAACUGAAGGUUCUUCUUCUUCUCUAAUGGCUACCAUUCUUUCAAUCUACUCACAUUUAGGAUUUUUACAUGAAUCACUAAUCAUUUUCAACACUUUUACUUCUCUUCCUACCAUUAUUGCAUGGAAGUCAGUCAUUAGAUGUUAUACUUAUCAUGGUUUGUUCAAAGAUUCCUUGACUUGUUUCUCUUAUAUGAGAGCUUCAGGAAAACACCCAGAUCAUAAUGUAUUUCCUUCUGUUCUCAAAUCUUGUACUGGUUUAAUGGAUUUCAAACUUGGUGAGUCUGUUCAUGGGUGUAUUGUUCGACUUGGGGUUGAUGCUGAUUUAUAUACAGGUAAUGCUCUUAUGAACAUGUAUUCUAAAUUCCAAAAUAUGGAUGAAGGUUUUGAUAGUCGGAGGUUUAGUUCUGGCAAUGUAGACUUAGUGUAUGAGAAAAUUCCUGAAAGAAAUUUUGAUAUUAAAGUCGAUAUAGAAAAGGACCCUCAUCCUAGGUCCUUAAAAUUUCUUGGAAAAAAUCAGAAUCAACUCUUGGUAAGUGGUGGUGUUACUCCGCGGCGACGGAGAGAUAUGGUUUAUAUAGAGAGUGUAAAGAAAGUUUUUGAUAUGAUGCCCUCUAAGGAUAUUGUGUCCUGGAAUACUGUAAUUGCAGGGUAUGUACAUAAUGGAAUGUGUGAAGAGGCUUUAAGAACGGUUAGGAAUAUAGGGAGGGCUAAUUUAAUGCCAGAUUCCUUCACUUUGUCUAGCAUCCUUCCUAUAUUCGCGAAGUACGUAGACAUCUCUAGAGGAAAAGAGAUUCACGGGUAUACACUUAGGCAUGGAUUUGAUUCCGAUGAUUUUAUAGCUAGUAGUUUGAUUGACAUGUAUGCAAAGUGCACUAGAGUGGAUGAUUCACUUCGAAUUUUUCAUUUAUUACCCCAACUUGAUGUGAUCUCGUGGAAUUCCAUUAUUGCUGGAUGUGUGCAGAAUGGCUUGUUUGAUGAAGGUCUGAAAUUGUUUCGUCAGAUGCUAACAGCAAAAGUUAAGCCUAGUAGUCUAACAUUUUCAAGUAUAAUGCCAGCAUGUGCUCACUUGACGACCCUGCACCUUGGAAAGCAACUUCAUGGAUACAUAACUCGAAAUGGGUUUGAUAAAAAUGUGUUUAUUGCAAGUGCUUUAGUGGACAUGUAUGCCAAAUGUGGGAAUAUUCGAAUUGCUCGAAGCAUUUUUGAUAAGAUGGAUUCACCUGAUAUGGUUUCAUGGACGGCCAUGAUCAUGGGGUAUGCGUUACAUGGGCAUGCAAAUGAAGCCCUGCUUUUAUUUCACAAGAUGAAGAUGGAGAACGUGAGACCAAAUUAUGUUGCAUUUGUAGCUGCUUUGACUGCUUGUAGCCAUGGUGGAUUAGUGGAUGAAGCUCGGAUGCUAUUUAAUUGCAUGAUUGAAGAUUAUGGCAUUUCUCCUGGUUUAGAGCACUAUGCAGCAGUUGCAGAUCUCCUUGGACGCGCCGGAAAGUUGGAGGAAGCGUAUGAGUUCAUCUCUAAAAUGCAUAUAAGACCAACUGGUUCUGUUUGGGCAACACUGCUAUCUUCUUGUAGAGUCCACAAGAACAUUGAGCUGGCUGAAAGGGUUGGGGAAAAAGUAUUCCAGAUUGAUCCUGAGAAUAUCGGAGCUUAUAUACUUAUGUCAAACAUAUAUUCAUCUGCUGGGAGAUGGAAAGAGGCAGCAAAAAUGAGGGUGGCUAUGAAGGGCAGAGGGAUGACAAAGAAACCGGCUUGCACUUGGAUAGAAGUUAAGAAUAAGAUACACGCAUUUGUGGCAGGAGACAAAUCACAUCCAUAUUAUGAUAGAAUAAAGGAGGCUUUGAAAGUUAUGCUGGAGCAAAUGGAGCGUAAAGGGUAUGUGCUUAACACUGAUGACGUGCUCCAUGAUGUUGAAGAGGAACAGAAAAGAAACUUAUUAUGUAGUCAUAGUGAGAGGUUGGCAAUUGCUUUUGGAAUCAUAAGUACACCUUCUGGAACAACUAUUAGGGUUACGAAGAACCUUCGAGUUUGUGUGGAUUGUCACACGGCUACUAAGUUUAUAUCCGAAAUUGCUGGGCGAGAAAUAGUUAUGAGGGAUGUUAGCAGAUUUCACCAUUUCAAGGAUGGGAAGUGUUCUUGUGGAGAUUACUGGUGAAAGUUGUACAAGGUGAGAUUAUGUUACAGAAUGAAACUAAAACCACCAGUCUUUGGUUGAUCAGACUCGAAUAGUGCAUGGAGAUAGCCGUCUUCAGCUCUCCUGAAUUUCACAGUGUGGAGUAAACAAGUUUUUUGAUGGAUCGGUGCGUUCUUCAUCUUUUGGAAGAAAUACAAAUACUCAGAUGAAUUCUGUUUCUCAAAGGUGUUCAUACUGGAAAGGAAUCACUAUGCAAGUCCCUUUCACCUACAGCUUCUGCUCUUUCUCUAUUGAAUCAGAGUAAUGUAAAGCUAGAGUGUAGCCUAGUGUGGUCGUAGAAAGUCUAUGGAAAGGGAUCCUGUUGUUCGCGGUGAUAGAGAGGUGAAUGUACGAGUAGUUGUUAUGGACUUCAAUCACUUUAUCCAUGGACAGCAUGGGCGAACAAGCCUCGUACCGUGUCUUUCCUUUUUAUUGGUGCCUGAUUACUCAUAUGCAGUCAGUGUCAUAUUCAUAAAGUGGCCAAGGGGAUGAUUUUAACAAUACCCAUGAUCCGUAUACAUGGAAAUGCAUUAGAUCCCAAGAUUGGGUUUCACCGGAGGAUAAGGAUCGCGCUGAAGGAGGUUCUUGUUGAGGUAGACAUGCAUAGGGUCUGGCAUGGUGCCGCCAGGAAAUUGAUGCUAUGUGCUUCAUUUGUUUCUUCCAGAGAUUAUAGCAUUUGCAAAUCAUAGUUAAUACAGGUUCAAGGACACUUGCAGAGAAACAGAGAGAGAUAGUGAGUUAUGAUGAUGAUUAAUAGAGGCCGUAUCUCAGUUCCCUGAUCCAAAAAUCGUGUCUCUCAAGGGUUCUCUUUCUUUCUCUCUGUUUCUAUCUCUAUCUCUCUCAAGUACAGACUCUUACUUUGUCUCUUUUCCAUAUUCUGUAAAUCAAUCCUUCAAUACAAAAACAGUUCCUCUGGUGUUUUCCCAUU